GUGCCCUGACCAAGAAUCGAACCUCGAUCUCCUGGAUCAUAGGUUGAUGCUCAAUCGCUGAGCCACGCCAGUCGGGCUCAAAAAGUUCUUAAUGUGAACACUCAAGAAGAAGAAUCACAUAAUUUAACCAAAGUAUUAAAUAUUUUUCCUUUUAACCCUAAGUUAGAAGAAGCACAGUGGAACAUUAAUUUUUAAACAUACUACUAAUUUUUUGGUUUUGUUGAAUUUAUAUUAUCAAAAUUGUUACCAGGCUCACAAACUUUGAGAAAAUUUAUAAUGGGAAAAUCAUUUUUAACACUGGAAGUAUUUAAUUAUGGUUUGACCUUAGAAGACCACAAUCUAUUGGUCUUUUAGUGGGUAGAUAGAAAACAGGCUAGAACAUAGAUACAAAAUAUAAUAGAGAAAAGGGAUGAAAUGCCAUUUAAUGUAUGGGAUUUUGUGAUAAUAUACAAAUAUGUAUGGUUAAGACAGAUCUUUGAAGCAAAUAUAUGUAUACUAAAUAAUUAUAGUGACAAAUAACAAGAAAUAUAUAAUCAUAUGUUAGCUUACACAAAGUACCAUGGGAGUACAGCAUUGAGAACCAUAAAUACCACCCAAAAACAUGGAGGAAGGCUCCACAGAGAAGGCAUUUAUUUUUUGGGACAGGUCACCGUUGCCAUAAAAACUAAAAUACAAUUUUAGAAAUUCAUACUUAAUUCAUUAAUUUUUCUCAACUUUAAUGAUGAAUUUACCAGUCAAAAGAGUGUGGUGUUUACUUUUAAAUCUCUAAAAAUCAUGACUAAUUAAAAUGAGCUUUUAAAAACAGGUAGAUCUCAUAACACCGAAAAUGCAAUUUAUAAUAUAGCAAAACUAAAUACAGUAACAAUUUAGAAUGACCUAUUAAGUCAGUUGUUCAUUUCUUUGAUUUCACUUAGUAUUGAUCUAACUCGUGUGGAAGGUUACAUUAGGACAAGUUUACACAGCUUAAUGAUUAACUAUAUUCACCUGCCAACCUUACCGUUCAUGUGGCAAACAGUGGUAUAUAUAGAGUUUAGAAAUCUAGGUCUGCUUACAAGAGAAAUCUUGUCCAAAAUUCAUUGAUUCAUUGAAAUUUAAUAAUUAAGAUAAAAAUGUAUACGAUUAAGCUUUUUCUUUUCAUUGUUCCUCUAGUUAUUUCUUCCAGAAUUGACCAAGACUAUUUUUCAUCACUUGAUUCUAUACCUCCUCAGACAAAAUCAAGAUUUGCUAUGUUAGAUGAUGUAAAACUUCUAGCCAAUGGCCUUCUUCAGUUAGGACAUGGUCUUAAAGACUUUGUCCAUAAGACUAAGGGCCAAAUUAAUGACAUAUUUGAAAAACUCAACAUAUUUGAUCAGUCCUUUUAUGAUCUAUCACUGCAAACUAAUGAAAUCAAAGAAGAAGAAAAGAAACUUAGAACUACCACCUCCAAACUACAAGUCAAAAAUGAGGAAGUCAAGAAUAUGUCACUUGAACUCAACUCGAAACUUGAAAACGUCCUAGAAGAAAAAUUUCUACUUCAACAAAAAGUGAGGUAUUUGGAAGAGCAAUUAACCAAUUUAAUUAAAAAUCAACCUGAAAUUCAGGAACACCCAGAAGUAACUUCACUUAAAACUUUUGUAGAACAGCAAGAUAACAGCAUCAGAGAUCUUCUCCAGACCGUGGAAGAACAAUAUAGACAAUUAAACCAACAGCAUAGUCAAAUAAAAGAAAUAGAAAAUCAGUUAAGAAGAACUGGUAUUCAAGAAUCCACAGAAAAUUCUCUUUCUUCAAGACCAAGAGCACCCAGAACUACUCCCUCUCUGCAUUUAAAUGAAACAAACAAUGUAGAACAUGAUGACAUUCCUGCUGAUUGUACCACCAUUUAUAACAAAGGUGAACACACAAGUGGCAUCUAUUCUAUUAAACCCAGCGGCUCUCAAGUUUUUAAUGUCUACUGUGAUGUUAAAUCAGGUAGUUCAUGGACAUUAAUUCAACAACGAAUAGAUGGAUCACAAAACUUCAAUGAAACUUGGGAAAACUACAGACAUGGUUUUGGGCAGCUCAAUGGAGAAUUUUGGUUGGGUCUAGAGAAGAUAUACUCCAUAGUAAAGCAAUCUAAUUACAUUUUACGAAUUGAGCUAGAAGAUUGGAAAGACACCAAGCAUUACAUUGAAUAUUCUUUUCACUUGGGAAAUCAUGAAACCAACUACAAACUACACCUAGUUGAGAUUACUGGCAACGUCCCCAACGCACUCCCGGAAAACAAAGAUUUGGUGUUUUCUACUUGGGAUCACAAAGCAAAAGGACACUACAGCUGUCCAGAAGGUUAUUCAGGAGGCUGGUGGUCGUACGAUGUAUGUGAGGAAAACAACCUAAAUGGUAAAUAUAACAAGCCAAGAGCAAAAACUAGGCCAGAGAAGAGAAGAGGAAUAUGUUGGAAGUCUCAGAAUGGAAGGUUAUACUGUAUCAAAUCAACCAAAAUGUUGAUCCAUCCAACAAGUUCAGAAAGCUCUGAAUGAACUAAGGCAAAUUAAAAAGCCAAUAAAUUAAGCAUUAAAAUCAUCCCAAAUUACUGUGGUUUAAUAAUCUGGUAUUAAAUCCCUAAUAGAAGGCUUUAGAAAAAGAUUACUGUUGAUUUAAGAUUAAACAUAUCAUCAUCAUAUCACCCAACAGAAUAUAAUUUACCUUCUCAAUCAAAGUCUUAUGAUAUCAUUUAUUCAUUCAUUUUGUGAUAUGGAAAUCAAUUUUAGUUGGUCACAAUCUAAAUUUUAACCAAUGGAUGAAUAUUUAAAUUACUUUUUUUAAAUAAAAAACUUACAAAGAGACUUUUAUUUUAAAAGUCAUUAUGUUGGUUACUUUCACAACUUCCCCAGUUAAAAAAGACUAGUUUACUUGCUAAAAUUCUAAACU